UUUCCCUCUGUUGUAAAGUUUUACGACAUUGAAUAGAUUGGGGUGGAAGGUCCACUGGUCCUUCGCUCCUUUCUGUUUUCUGGAUAUGUUAGAAGUGGCGGUUGAAAGAUGAGCGUAAAUAAAGGUCUGCUGUGAUAUCAACCAGGUCGAAGCUGCACGACCCCCCCACGCAGUCGACAUGUCCGAGGCAAACCACGAUGACGUCUAUGCGUACGCGCUGUCUAAGACUCUGACAGAAGUUUCAUCGCCUGCAACUGUAGGACUCUACUCCUCAUGUGAGAAUCGAAUUCACAGGAUCCUCGGACAAAUGGCAGUGUACAUGAAGCAGGAAGCGUUGAAUAUUGAGCAGAAAUAUGAAGGACGUCACAAGCCGCGCUCAGUUGCACCUUCACUUGGUGGCUUGCUCGCUCUCAUUGGUCGAAUGCUCUUCUAUCGGCCCAUUUGGACGAAGGAGAACCAGCAGCAGCAGAACAUCCGGUUCAUCAAUGUACAUUUCAGUGCCUGGCACUUUGCAGGCAGUGACCUGCUUUGGGCUGGACUGGCCAUACGGCUGUUUCACGCCAUGCAGAUGAACUUUGGCAAAUUACAGAUUGUCCUCUACCGUGUGGCUCAACAUGAUGACGAUGAGGAAGUCAAGAAGAAGACAAUGGAGGACAGCCCAAGCCAUUGGAGGACCAAAAUGUUUUGCUGCUGCCCUCUGUGGUCGCUCUGCCUGCUCAUUCUUGUGGUGGCACCUAUCGUCCUGGCAUACCUGUUGACUUUCGGCCUCCGCGAGCUGAAACCAGGCGCGGCGCUGAACGGAACAACCACCCAGGUGGGCGUGAUGGAGGGCCUGGUCAUCGGCGCCAUAGGAGUCCCUGCAGCAAGCGCGUUGAGGUUUGCCUUCCUCAUAGGUAAGAACCUCAUCUUCAACCAGGAUCUGAACAUCAAGAGGGGAAUGGACAACGACCGCAUCAGCAUCCGGCUGGGCUUCAUGGACGAAGUGAGGAAGGAGAUGUGGUUCCUCUCUCAGUUCAUCCGGUUCAUGGAGGUGUUUGAGCGGAGAAGGAUCCGUGUGGUGCUGAAGAUCACUAAUCUGGACCGCUGCUCCCCCAAGAAAAUAGUGGCGGUCCUGGACGCCAUCAACAUCCUGCUCUCCGAUGAGGAGAGUCCUUACAUUUCCAUCCUCGCCGUCGACCCCGAUGUUCUUGUGCAGAAGGUGAACUCUGCGGACGGCUGCUUCAGCAAAGAAGACAGAGCGUACGCGAUGCUGAACCGCAUCGUGACGCUGGCCUUCACUGUCCCCCCACUGUGCGACGACUCAAAGCGCACUUUAUUUGACAGCCUUGCCAGCAUUUCGAAGGAACCGGAGCGCGUAAUCCCAAGCGAAGGAAAACGUGGAACCAGGAGCCUCAAACAUACACGUUGCUGUGUGGAGAUUGCAUCUGACACAAGCGAAUCCUAUGAGCUGAUGGACAGAGAUACAUCUGCGCCGGAUGCAAACGAGGAGGAAGUGGAGGAGUCGGUCAGGAGCAUCCUGACCAGCGGCAGAAGGAACCUAAACGAGUACAUGUUCGAGGAUGCCAUGUCCAUGAGGAGGGAGAUCAACUCCAUCCGACUGACUGUGAUAAUCAUGAAGGCCUUGAAGAAGGAGCUUCCUCAACCGGACCACAUCGCGGCGUGGGUGGUCCUGGCCAAUCAGUGGCCCUGCCGCCUCAGCUGGAUCAUCCAGUGUGUGGAAGACGCUCAGCAGAGAGCCGCUAUCGAUCGUAACGAUGAGACCGACGCGGCUGAUUCAAAGACUUUGUGGCAAGUCUUCAGCGAGUCCAGGGCUGAGCUCUAUGUGAUGAGUCCACAGAUUGAAGACCUCCUCGAGCAGGACGGAGACCCUGAGAUGUUUGAAAGAUUUCUCAAAAUGGAUUUCCGAUUCACGGUACAGGACUUUAAAACCUUUGAAGAGGCGACGGUGAACCUGGACCGCUCGAUUAGGACGCAGCUGGCUCACCUCAGAGGGACCGCCAGGCUGAAAGAUUCUGGUUGGAUGAGGAACCUCGCUCCUCUGCCAAUCACAACUAUCGUCAACAUGGAUAAAGAGGAUGUGUGUAAAGAGUUGAAAAGAAUGAAAUUCCCCAGUAAGUACAUUGAUAUUGUGAGAAGCAAAGACCUCAACGGCCUGGCCCUGAUCUUCGGUGAUGCAGAUGACCUUAAAGACAUCCUAGGUAUGACCUUAGGCGAAUGGGCUACUUUCAGACUGCACUUCCUGGGUCCACCGUCACAUCUCCGACCGCAACACAAGCAAAUGGCAGUAAAACCGUUACACUGUCAGAACCAGCGGUAGAGAUUUCCCCAGCAUGCUCCCAGUUAGCGGUCGGCUACUGUGGACACGGUGUAAGAAUUCAACUCUCGAUUCUGCAGAGGAAAAUGUAAAAUCUUGUAACUACGUCAAAUAAUUAUCAAAUGCAUGUUGAUUAACUUAUGUUGGGAAAGUAAUACUAGCAGUAGUUAGUACAUUUGUACAUUUGAGGUAUUUUUCCACAUUUCUGGCUGUCAUCAGGGUCCUGGCAUUGUGCAUGCUGGCUUCCUGAAACACGGUAAUGGCUUCACUUUAAUCAAAUGCAGCCUUUGUUUAUGUUUCUAAAAACACCUGCCCUUUUUCUGCUAUGACAAGUCAGACUGUCUGCUGAGAAUAAGAACUAGUAUGCGUUGUUGUUGUUGUUGUUGUUGCUGUGGAUUUCAGCGUGCAAUGGAAGGUGGCAAACACAAAAGGACCCCAGUGAUAAAAAGCUGUGAAUGUCAUUCAAACAAAACAUACAAAAUACAGUGCUUUUUAUAUCCUCGUUGGAGGUUGCACAACCGUUAAAGAAAGUUAGAGAAUAUUUACUGCAAAUCUAGCUUGUGGAGACUUGGUUUGUGUCACUGUGAUGUGUUAGGGAGCUCUACCUGAAUUGAUAUAGUGGAAAAUAUUGUACUAAACUGUGAUUCUCCAUUUCAUGCAAUAAAAUUACCAUUUUGACUAAUGCAAAAGA